AGAUGAGAUGAGUAACACUUCAGAUUUCUAUGGAAAAGGGUAUGCCACCUCCUUUGGAAUCUGCCCUCAAAGGUAUUCUAAUGCAUGGCCUCUGGGGUUUGUAAUGGGUACUAUUAAGAAAGGUACUCAGAUUCUGGAAGGUAUUAAUUAAAAUGCCAUUUUUUGAGCUAAUGUGAAAAGGGAAGGGAAAUAGCAUAGAUAAUCUUGUGUCCCUUCAGAUGCUUGGAACCUGCAGUUGUAACUCAUUGAAUGGAUUUCUAGCCAAGGCACAGCCUGUUACACUGAUCCUGUCUGCGGAGUAAUUCCCACACAUUGUGGUAUUUAGAGCUCUUAGCAAUUUUUCUUAAGAAUUGAAAAAUGCUGUUCAUGAUUCCCACUGUCUAGUAAAAAGAUGCCCAGAUAAGAGCAUGCUGCUUCAUUUUAAGAUGUGGACAAGAACCUGCUUGGCCAUGUCAUUAUCGGUGCCAAGUGGGAGCUGCCUAAAGGCUGCUUCAUUAUGCUAAGUUUGUCCUGUGGCCAAUUGAUAUGGGCAGCACAGGCAAGAGCCUGCUCUAGUCAACUGUUACAUGGAUCACUGUUUGGCUUACAACAGUCUUCCAGUUAGGACAAACACAUGUACCAUCUGAUUAGGCUUUUGCUUAUGCUUCUUGGAACAUCUUUAACAUCAUUUUAACUUAUUAUUCAACUUUCAGAGAUGAAUCAGACAACAGCAGAGUUCAUUCUCUUGGGACUCGCUAGCAACCGCUUUUCGGAGAUCAUCCUAUUUGCCAUUCUCUUUGUUGCGUUCCUCCUGAUCCUCCUUGGAAACAUCACUGUCAUCACCAUCACACUGGUGGACCAACGCCUCCACAUCCCCAUGUAUUUCUUUCUCAGGAAUUUCUCCCUUGUGGAAAUCUGCUUCACUUCUACCUUCAUGCCAAGGACACUCUACAGCCUCCUCACAGGAGCAAAAACCAUUUCCCUGUCUGGAUGUUUCCUUCAGUUAUCCCUCUUCUUCAUCCUGGGUAUCUGCACUUUCUUCCAUGUAGCUCUCAUGUCCUUUGACCGCUACAUGGCCAUCUGCCGCCCUUUGCAUUAUUCUACCUUUAUGAACAAUAGGUUUUGCCUCCAGCUGGUGCUGGGCUGCUGGGUACUGAGUUUCUUCUUGAUGUUCUCCCCACUCACAAUUAUAAUCCAGUUGCCAUUCUGUGGGCCCGGUGUCAUCAACCACUUCUACUGUGAUAUAGCACCACUGCUCCAGCUGUCCUGCACAGAUACGGGUGUCAUUGAGAAAGUAAUGCUAGUGACUGGUGUUGUGAUAUUACCUGGCACCUUAUCAGUAACUGCUUUUUCUUACGCCUACAUCAUCCACACUGUCACACACAUCCAGCCUUCAGCAAGCAGGAAAAAAGCCUUUUCCACAUGCUCUAGUCAUCUCAUUGUAGUCACUAUUCUGUACAGCAGCUCCAUCUUCAGGUACAUCCGACCAAGCCAACGGGGCGGGAGGGAUUUUGACAAAGUUGUAUCUUUCCUUUACUGUGUGAUUACUCAGCUGUGCAACCCUUACAUCUACACCCUUCAAAAUGAACAAGUCAGACAGGCCUUGAAAGAUCUAGUAGCAAGGUGUGUUGUAGGCUCUGACGACAUUCUGAAGUCCAGAGCCAGAGAGCAGUGA